AUGGUGUCUUUUGACGUAGUCUCACUCUUCACGUCCAUACCACAGGCCCUUGCGGUCGAAACGCUCAGUGACCUGCUACGUCAAAAUUACGACGGGGGCGAUGGCCAGCCCACAGCUCAGGGUCUCAUAGAACUCAUGGUGCACUGCCUCAAGACAUUCUUUACCUUCGAAGGGACCACAUACGAGCAGAUCAAGGGCACUCCAAUGGGUUCACCAAUCUCCGGGCUCAUUGCCAAGGCGGUUCGACAAAAAAACCUCGAGCGACGACUAUUCGAGGAGUACAAACCCAAGUUUUGGGCACGCUACGUUGAUGACACCGUCGUAAUCAUAGACCAGGAUAAAAUCAACUACUAUGCGGAAGUACUGAACUCAAUCAUGCCCGAUCUACAGUUCACGAUGGAAGAGGAACUAGAGGACAAACUUCCAUUCUUGGAUGUUCUCGUCUGCCGCCAACCAAAUGGCGAACUAGCAACGUCGGUCUACAGAAAACCGACGAACACGCUGCAAAUUCUCAGCUACAACAGCAACCACCCGCCACAACACAAACGAAGCUGUGUCCGCACGCUGUACCGACGGAUGGAAACUCAUUGCAGCACGCCAGCCGCCAAACUGGACGAGAUAAAGCUCCUCUGA